AUGACAGCUGUGAUCGGACUAUUCCUGAUGCUGUUCUCAGUCACUGAUGGUGUGGUGACCCACUGUGAUGGCAGACAGAAUGGAGCUCAGUGUUAUGGAGCUUUGGGAGGAUCUGUUUCUAUCCAGCUGAUGGACGACUUCACAGAAAUACAUAGAUAUUACUUGUACAAGAACAAAACUGUUGUAAUGUUAGGAGGAAAAGAUAAAAAACCUGAUACUAUGAUGAACAACAGAUAUUCAUUUAUUCCCUCUAAUGGGACAUUUUGGAUCAACAAUCUGACCAAGAAUGACAAUGAUGAAUAUAGUCUUACAACGUUUGAUACAAAUGGAACACAGACAGCAAACCACUCUCUUCAGUUAUCAGUUCAAGCUCCUGUGUCCUCCGUCUCUCUGGUCUCUGAGUGUUUGUCUCAGGGAGAGAUGAAGGUGUCCUGCUCCUCUGAGGGAGGGGACAGUCCUCAGUACAGGUGGACUCUGAAUGGAAAGUCACUGACAGAAGCUGAGCUGCUUUCUGGAAACAAGCAGACAAACAUCAUCACUUUGAAACAACACGUCUCUGGACGUCUGGUCUGUUCUGUCUCAAAUAACGCCAGUUCUGCUUCUAAUGAGACAAACAUCUGUACCUGUGGUUUCAUUUACAUAAAUUCCAUCAUCAAUGGGAGAAAGAUAUCAAAGUGGGUGUUUCUGGAAAAUAACACUCAGUGUGUUGAACCAACAAUAGUCUCACCAACAGAGACACAAAGCACUGUGGAUUGGUCCAUGCUGAGAUGCAGCCUGAUGUUUCUGUUUUCUGUUGUUUCAUUUGUUGGAAUCGGCGUCUAUUUCACAUGGAAGAAGAUCAAAUCUGAGAAAGAUGAACAAUCUGCUGAAAGAGACAGAACACAAUUUUUAGAGGAUUUCUCUGGAAAUGAACAAGCUCUGUACAGUAAUGUUUAGUUAAAAUCAUGACAACGUGCAAAGAGGAAAAGUUGGAUUUGUACAGAUCAUAUCAAUGAAAAUGAGAAUUGUGAUUUUUUUUUUUUACUUUCACGACAUCUACGAAAACGACCAUGGUCACCUUUCAGCAUAUCCUCUCAGCGAAUCAGCUUUCACUGAUCUGCACAUUUGCAGAUAAUCUCCUUUCCUGAAACAAUCCUGUAUUUUAUUCGGGCUGUGAACCGGCGCAGAGAGACCCAGACUGGAUUCAGAUCAUCAUGUGGAAAUGAGUCCUGCAUGCAGCCAACUGAGCCAUCCAUCCACCGACGCCUAUCAAAAAAAUAUUUUGACUGUAGAUAUAAUUCAAGCAAAUACAGGAAGAUCAUUCUUAUAGACGGAGAGAAAAAGAGACUAAAACAUGAAGGGCUCAUCAGUGGCAAAAAAAAGGAAAAACAUCCAUCUGCUCUCUUCUCUUGUCAACUGACCCCACUAUAUAAGAAAAAACAAAUGAUUUGGUCAUGUGAAAUAAGAUGGGUGGACUGGGCAUGAGGUGGGGAACCCCCAGUCCACCAUUCUGGAGGUGCGACCAUGGCUCUAAAAGAUUUUGAAA